GAUGACGUAUGCCAACGCAGCCAACGUGUCAGACGCGAAUCGCUCGUUGGCCGUGCGUAUUCUAUUAUUACUUCGAAGAACAACUUGCGGUGCGGACGUGCUUCACUUUUCUACGUACAAUCACUUAAAUACUCCUGUAAAACAUCCAAAUUAAACAAAAUGCCUGCAGCGCCGAGUUCGACCAAUGUGGGCUCAUCGACACGAUCGCCCUCGAAAGCAGCGGCACCGCGUGCUGGAGGCGGCGGUGGUACCGUGAGGCAGAGGAAAACCACCACCACAACAGCUGCGCGGACAACUCGCGGCGGUGCUGGCACCGGUGGCAUGUGGAGGUUCUACACUGAUGAUUCUCCUGGAAUCAAAGUUGGACCAGUGCCAGUCUUAGUAAUGUCUCUCCUCUUCAUCGCGUCAGUCUUCAUGUUACACAUCUGGGGCAAAUACACUAGGUCUUAAGCAAUUCAUUCCAUACAACUGAAGCUGAAUAAUUAUUACAAAUUGGGAACUACAUGUAUGCAUUUUGGCAUAAGUAAAAUUUACAUACUUUAAUAUUAACUAUAUUUACAUUAUGUUUUGUUCUUUUUUAAGCUGAAAUAAUAUUUAUGAACAUCUGAAUGUGAAUAAAUCAAAUUAUUUAUAAUAUUGUAUUUUGCAAUAAAAUAUUGAAAUACAAAA